UUCUUGGUUCCAUUCUAGAAGAACUGGGAAUUCUGUUGCCAUCCUCGCUGGCAACGGCGCUGGACACCGCCACGGGUGGAAGUCCACCGCUCAUGCUCACUGGGCAAAACAAAAUGAACUCUAGCAACUAUAGCACGACCAUCAAGGCCCGUGUGCAAAAUACCACGGCCAUGCCGCUGCUAUGCAGAGACAUCAUCCCUUUGGAUGCCGUGGCCAACAUCUCGGUGGCGGCGAUUUGCUCCAAAUGGUGCCACGAAGCGCUUGGGCCCAACAGCGCAGCGCCGUACAUGUUGAGCCCGUGGCACGUGUUUUGGCUUCUGAAAAGUCAGCAGGGCCACAUCUACCUGACUUGUUGGAAAGCCCAAACCGCAGCAUGGGCUUUAGAGCUCAUGCCUGAGUUGUAUUGGAUCUACCUGCUAGCCAUGGUGUAUGGAGUAUGGAGCAUCAUAGCAUUCCUGUGGACAUUUUGCAACACUGAGCCACAAACGAUUCCAGGCGGCCCUGCACAAGACCAUGUCACUCCUGAUGGGCCGUAUGGAAGGAGAUGUGGCGACAUGCCUUGUUGCUGCUUGCCUGUCAGGUCCAACCAAGCACUACCACUAGAGAAUGGAUGGAAUGAAGCACCAUUGUGCUACCCAGCAUCCUCCGACCGGAACGGCUCAGAGAUCGGCCUCAAGAUUGCCGCAUUCUUCAUUUUGUUCGAACCAUUUGGAGACAUCGUGUCAGUCCUUACCAUUCUGCGCAUAGGACAGCCUUUUCCAGCUGCUUUCAUGGCUUUCGGGAUAGCCUUAGCUUGCGCCGUUUCAGGUGACCCGUUACAGCUGUCAGGAGCCCAUGCUGUGGCAGAAAGCUUGCGAAAGGGUUUCGAGACACGAGGCUUGAUGCAUUACAAGGAUCAUGAAUUGUGGGAGAGCUGUAUUUGUGCUACAGUGCAGGUCUACAGCUUGAUGUCUCUUCACCCGAAGACCGCGAAGCUUUCGACAGGGCUGAACUUGCUGGUGUCUGCCAGCGUCAACCUGGCGAUCUCGAUCCCUGCACAAGAGCAGGCAAAGUACGUAAUCGGUGAACUCAAAGACUCAGACUGGACCUUUGCCACGAUUCAAGAAGCUAAACGGUCUCCGGCUUUGCGCUGCCAAAUGGUUGUGACGACCUUGGGCAUUGUGCUCACUGCAUCGAUGGCCAUUUUGCUUCAAAAAGUACCACCUGGCGGAGACCUUAACAUGGAGCCGUUUUGGGGGAACUGUGGCCCAUCCUCUGUGAUCCGGAGACGUGGCAGCAGUGGCUUUUGGCCUUGGUGGUGAUUUGCUUCCGGGUGCCCUGUGAUUGCUUGCUGCUGAUAUGUUAUAUCUUCGGAAUCUUCGGUAGUCCCUGGCAAACCAUAGCCAUGGGUGUGCUUGGGUUCACCUAUGGGGCCACCUACUUUCACUAUGGCUAUAGUAUCGGCUAUAGAAUAGGCCGUUUUCUGUCGGAUGCACGCUCAAACAUCCAGACAGAUGGACUUCCCUUGCUAGACGCUGAAAGCCCCCUGAUCUCUUCCAGGUUUAGCUGCCUGAAGUGCGAGGAUUCACAGUCGUCAGAAGAGUCAAGCGAAGAGUAAGAAUGAAUGUGCAGUCAGCGGCUAGUUUCAUUAGGAUUCACCAGGUAUAGUUUGGCAAUGAGGAAGCUGUGGCAGUCCAUUUCGCAGCCUGGCCAUUGUAAAGAUUGAAUGUUUGAUGGAAAGGCAAGGGCGAAA